AUGGCGAAGUGGGAUGAAGAUAGUAACGAUGCUGAUGAUGUUCAAGCAACUGCUGAUGAUGUUCAAGCAACUGCUGAUGAUGUUCAAGCAACUGUUGCUGUUGAUGUUGACGAUGGUGUAAACUAUAGUGAUUACGGGAAAGUGAAAGAUGAGGAUUCUGACGAGGAUGCAAAUGAAACGCUUUAUGAUGGCUAUAAAGCACAGUUCUCUGGUGGUGAAGGAAGAUCGUUGUCCUUAAAGGACAAUAUAUAUGUCGGUCAGAGUUUUGCUAGUAGGGCUGAAUUUGUUUCAAAGCUGAAGUCGGUGGCUGUGGAAUAUAAAUUUACAUUCUCAGCAUAUAAGACAACGAAAACUCUGUAUGUGGCUAAGUGUCGUGUUCAAGGAUGUGGUUGGAAGCUUAGAGCGAGUGUGAAGCAUGGGCCAAAGACAUUUUGGAGCUUUGUUAUCUACGCAAGAGUUGGUGAGAGGACAGCAGAAGAUGGAUAUGAGAAUCUGCCUUCUUAUUUGCGUCAGAUCGAGAUAUCGAAUCCGGGAACUGUCACAUGUCUUGUGAAAGAUGGUGAAAACAGAUUUAAGUAUCUAUUCCUAUCUUUUGCAGCUUCGAUAGCUGGUUUUAACUAUCUUAGGAGGGUUAUUGUGGUGGAUGGGACUCAUCUAUGUGGAAAGUAUGAAGGAUUUAUGCUAGUUGCUGCUGCCCAAGAUGGUAAUUUUCAGAUUUUUCCAUUAGCUUUUGCGAUUGUGGAUGUGGAGAAUGAUGAGUCGUGGGAAUGGUUUUUUACCCAAUUGCGGAGAUGUGUUUCAGAUCAGUAUGCUUUGGUGAUAGUGUCUGACAGGCACGGUUCCAUUAAGAAGGCGUGUGAGAAGGUUUUCCCUUGGGCAAGGCGAGGAAUAUGCUAUUAUCAUCUACAACAGAACAUAGUCCAAAAGUUCAAGGGAAAGCACAUGUUGUACUUGGUCAAAGGCGCUGCUUAUGCACAUACGCUUUUCGAUUUUAACCACUACAUGGAUGAGAUACGGAUUAUAAACCCAAACCUUGCAACAUAUUUGGAGAAUGCUGACGUCUCUUUAUGGUCACGAGUUCACUUUCAAGGUGACAGAUACAACAUAAAGACUAGCAACAUCGCAGAAUCCAUCAACUCCGCACUUAAGCCAGCCAAAGGAUUCCCAAUCUCAUUCCUUCUUGAAUUUAUACGCGAGAAGCUAGGAAGGUGGUUCUUUAUAAGGAGAGAAGAUGCUUUGAGUCUUACUUCACAUCAUAGUCGGGGAAUCGAAAACUUGUUGGCUAUUCGUGAAGAGUAUGCAGAUAUGAUGAAUGUGGAGCGUAUUGAUGGUUGGCGAUUUGUUGUGAGAGGAGGGCAUCGAGAUUGUGUUGUUGACUUGGAACUUCGGAGGUGUCAAUGUGGUGUGUUUGAUAUUGAGAAGAUACCUUCAUGUUACAGCACAAUACAAUAG